CACCAAUCAUGCUCAAGACCUAUAGUUGACCAUAUUACUUGAGUCAUACCUCAUGCAUACUGCGCUCGCUUUCCUCCUGAACAUUAACUUUGGCUCACGAUACUUAGCCUCCCCACCGAUGGUCGAACUCCAUCUAAUCUACUGCGUCCCCUCGUCAAGGAACACAAGUAAAAAGGAAUAUGAUCAUAAUGUUGCCCGUAGCAAUGAUGACACGCUCUCGCCACCCAGUUCAUUUAUCGGAGUGUCCUGGAUGAACGAGGCAUCCAAUUACGCCCUACUGGUCAACAUUAUUCGACGGUUCCCAAACUUGUCUCGUCCAUCAUUGCCCGUAUUUGAUUGUUCUGAGUUCGUUUUGCGCCUCUGCAGUGCAGGGGACAAGUUCCCUUCAGUCAGACUCGACGUGUCCAUCAUGACCAACUCUCCGACAACUUACCUACGACUGCAUCCCUCCUCCGUUCCUCGACCGUACUUCGAAAAUUUUGCGAGGCUGAGCUGCGUGAAUGUUACUACCGUACACCUCAAUUUCCCCUUGUCUUCAGACGGAGUUGGAUCUGCUCAACGAAUGUUUCGUUAUUUUAACGAUCUCGUCCUUUACCUCCUUUUAUGGACGAAGAUCAAACAGAACCAAAUCCUCCCUCCUCCCGUUUCAUACCUGGGACUACAUUCCAAAGCACCCGCGUUCGAUUUCACACAACUACUUACCUCACUUCGUACCAUGUCAGGCUCGAAGCUCAUGAUGGUUCGAUUGCUGCACGCGGACACUGGAAGAUUUACGGGGGAACCGCAAAUCUUUCAUCUUCUGUUGACAUGAUACGCGGGUCAUGGGUAAAGUGUGGUUAUCCUCGGGUUUAUACAUUGAUGUAUUCUUAGGGAUCUAUUUAGACGUAUCACGGAUCUGUAUCUGAUGAUCUGUAUCUAAUACACGUACACUGCUGCACAAAACGCCCUUGCGUUGCGCCCGCAGGAACGACCUGAUAAGUUACUUGCCCAUACGUAUGCAUCUGACAACCCU